AUGGACCGAGAAGAAUUUGAGGAACCCGAUACAAACAGGACUAUGAUGCCUAAGACUCAGAACAAUGCCGAAGAUCAAUACGAAACUAAGAGCGAGACCCAAGCGGGACCCGAAGAAGAAGAAGUUGCGUCUCAUGACGAGUUUGAGAUUCGUCCUAUUGUCAAUCCCCGGGCAGGAGCAGCGGCCACGUGGAACCAUGAGUCUGUUAUCACGCUUUUAGCGUACAUUGAAUGGUGCGUGGAGAGCGACAAAGACUUUCGGACGGAGGGAUUACUGCUGCUCAGCCAAGAACUGGGAACUAGCAUAAAGCGGUCUAAGAGGAAGGCAUUUGAUAUCUGGGUAAAACAUAAAAGUCUUAUCCAGAGUGUACGAGAUCGAGUUCGCGAGAUUAGGCCAACCACAGGAAGCUCGGCUCUGUCCACUGAAACUACCCCGACACGACGUCGUCUGGUGACCAUAAAGGUCCGCCCGAGCCCGACAAAACCCCAACAAGUUGGAAAUACAGGAGAUGCUACGAUUGAUGACUCUCAGGAAGAAGAAGAUCCCGAAAGCCCUGAUAGCCCAGCCCAUACCGUCGCAACACCUGGCUCCUCUCAUGGAACAAUCGAUGUUGCCAAUGAUGCAGCUUCGAACGGCACCCACGACCUAGAACAUGAUGAGGACUUGGAUGCUGAGACGACCCAGGGAGCCACGGCUGAUGCCAAUCCUCAGAUCUCCUCCAGCCCCCCAAGCCCAGGCGAUCCGGAUCGCGAGGAGGAUGAUAGUUUCGACGCAUCUCAUUUGCAGUUAAAGUGGCUGCACAAGGAACCCCGACGUUUCUCCUUCACAUCGCCAAGCAGAGAUCAAUCGGAUGGCAUCAAUGAGGCGCCUCAAAUGGACAAUUGUCGACAAGACCUUGUUGACAACACACAUACCCAGCCCGGUAUGGUUGGCUCGCUCUUGGAUUGCUCCCAAAAAUCCUUGCGCCUUGAUCUUUUUGAGGAGAAAAGAAAGCGUUCUUUAUGCGAGGAAGAGAUCAGAACUCAGUGUGAGAAGAUAGCUGAACUGGAGGGGGAACUCAGAUCUCUGAAGAGAUGCAAACCCGACGCCAAUGUUCGACAUAACCUUGAACAGCAUUUCGUAGCCACACGAGCCAUGAUAGGAGAGAACAACUUGCUGCACAGAAAGAUUGAAGAGCUCUCCCUGAGUGAUAUUAGACGCAGAAUCAUCGCGUUGAGCAAUGCUAUCCGGGAUUUCGGUCUUACGAACGAGGAGAUAAGUGACGAAUUGCCUGACCUUGAAUCGAUCUUUGGGCUAUCAGUACAAUCUUGGGCAACGAGGGCCUUUGGGAAAAAUAUACGCCUAUGCAUUUAUUCUGUCUACAAUCAAGAGUUUCGGAAGGAGGGCCUGCUCCGAGGACUUCUCGCAGCGGCUAUAAACGAGCUGAUCUUCGAGCCGGUUUUCCCCCAUAUCUUCAACGUAUACUCACAAGACACCAACUUCUACCGCAAGUACAUUGUUGUUCAACAUGGAACCGAGGAUCUUCACCACGCAGAUCACCACGUACUGAAGGAACUCGCGCGCGACAAGCAAACAGCCAUGAUCGAACCUACUGCGAACAGUCUGGCAGACAGGAUCUCAAAAAACCUGGAGGGUCUCUUUUCGAGAAAAGAGGACCAGCCAGCACAGCAACAUGACUUGGAUGGCGAUUCCGACAUGCUUUUUCCUGAAUCUGACGUGGAUACGACGACCUUGCACCUGCGAAGCGUUCUCUCCCAGGCUAUGAGCCUCAAGCUUGACCUGACGAUGCACAUGAACCGGCUGAGGUUCUUUUUCUUCAAGCCGAACGACCUUUGGGACGCGCAAAACAUGAAGCUUGAUGAUCCCUCCUUCCAACCCGACGAAGGCUCUAGCAUCAAGGCCUGUAUCUCGCCAGCUAUCUACGUAGCACCAAAGCGAGAGAUCAACCGUGACGAAGCGAUCCUGGAGUUCGACACACGAUUCAAUACCUACUUUCUGGAAGCAACGGAGGAUGAGGCCAAGACACUUGAGUUAGUGUCUCAGGCAAUUGUGUUAAUCUAA